AUGAGCAUCUUGGACGUUUUUCUUUCCAGGAUUCAGGAUCUCUCUCUCUCUCUCUCUCUCUCUCAGUUCCAGACUAAAGCCAGACCCCCCCCCCUCCCCCCGAGAGUCUCCUCUCCCCACCACACGGCUCGCAGCUUCUGCUCCUUCCAGCCGCUGACCCCCCAGGACGCUCUGGAGGAGCACCUCCUCCUGGCCUCCUCCUCCUGGCCUGAAACUCCUCCUCUUCCAGCUCUGAUCUCCUGGCAGCAGACGAGUGACGCGGCCCACAGCAGCUUCACCAUCCUCCCGGGGAGGAGAGAGGGGCGGUGGCGUGUCGGGGAUCAGCUGGAGGUCCUCAUACAAACCUCUGACUUCCAGGGUCGUCCCAGGAAGUCCGGGGGGGACUUCCUGCUCGCCCGGCUGCACAACAGGACGCUGCAAGCGGGUGUUGCCGGGCAGGUUGUGGAUCACCUUAACGGCAGCUACUCGGCCGUCUUCUCUUUGCUCUGGGAAGGAGACGCUCAGGUGGAGGUGACUCUGGUCCAUCCUAGUGAGGCCAUCUCAGUGCUGAAACGGCUGUCCAGAGAAGAGCCGGACAGGAUUUACUUCAGGAGCCUCUUCCGCUCAGGCGCUCUCUCUGAAACCACCGUCUGUAACGUCUGCCUCCGGCCAACCGGGCCGAUGUGCAACCACACGGACCUCCGGACGGGGGAGCCGUGGUUCUGCUACAAGCCAAAGAACCUGAGCUGUGAUGCCAGGAUCAACCACCAGACGGGAGGACGCGACACACGACUCAAGGCCCAGGAGGUGAAGCUCUUCCAAAGAGGUCUUAACUUGAAAGUCUUCAUUCGGACUUCUGGACCUUCUAAUGUCACCGUGUUGCCACAGAAAGAAGGUCAACUGAUGGUGAAGAGCAGCACCAUGACAUCUGGACCUUCUGGUUAUUACUACGGGGGUUUGUGGCGAGCGCUAAGUGGCCCCCCAGUUCGCCAGUUCAACCAGUCUUCCAUCGCUGCGUGUCUGAAGGGCAAGGCGGUCCACAUCUAUGGAGACUCCACCAUCAGGCAGUGGUUUCACUUCCUCAAGGCGGCCCUACCAGAUCUCAAGGAGUUUGACCUGCACAGCCAAAAACAAUCUGGACCGUUCAUGUUAUUGGACUAUGGACACAACAUCCUGGUGAAGUACCGCUUCCACAGCCCUCCCAUCUCGAUCGGCUCCAUCUUAACCAGCCAACUUCAUUACAUCGCCAAUGAGCUCGAUGACUUAAUCGGAGGCCCUGAAACAGUCGUAGCUUUUUGCAUCUGGGCUCACUUCCCCUCUUUCCCCAUGGAGAUCUACAUCAGGCGGCUGCAGAGCAUCCGCAGGGCGGUGGUGCGGCUGCUGAACAGGGCUCCGGACACGCUGGUCAUCAUCCGGACCGGGAAUCCCAAAGAUUUGACACUUUCCGUGUCGAUAAGCAACAGCGACUGGUACUCGCUGCAGUGCGACAAGGUGCUCAGAGCCGUGUUCAGAGGACUGAACGUUCAUCUGAUCGAUGCCUGGGAGAUGACCCUAGCCCACCACCUGCCGCAUGACCUCCACCCGCCUCCUCCUAUCAUUGAGAACAUGGUAAACCAGCUCUUGUCCCAUGUAUGUCCCCAGAAGGACGGCUAA